AUGAGUUUCUAUGACUUUUGUCCGCUUGACACAACAGCGAUUAUCAUUAUAAGCGUACUGAUUAUUCUAACAGGAUUCAUCAUCUGCAUUCUUGGAUUAUAUUAUAAAUACCAGGAACACAUUAAGAUAUGGCUAUUUGCACAUGAAUGGUGUUCACGGUUUGUAACAGAAAAACAACUGGAUGAAGAAAAGUUAUAUGACGCGUUCGUGAGCUACUCGUAUAACGAUCACAGUUUUGUAAUAAACGAGCUGGUACCGAAGCUAGAGAACGACCCUACACCAUACAAACUGUACCUGCAUUAUCGAGAUUGCUCAAUAGACAAAUGUAUAUCGGACAUUAUCGCUAGAUUCGUGCAAAAUUCGAGGCGGACGAUAGUGAUCCUGUCGCCAAAUUUCUUGGGUAGCGUCUGGGGAAAGAUGGAAUUUCGAGUCGCACAUUGUCAAGCGUUGAGUGAAGGCCGUGCGAAAGUGAUACUCAUAUUCUACGAUGAUAUCGAACUCAUCAAUGACUUGGAUGCAGAAUUGAAAGCGAUUAUAAGUAUUAAAAAUUAA